AUGGUUGCAACCACAGGUUAUAAAACAAGAAAACUUAUUACGUUUUCUUCCAGUAUGGGACACAAAUUGAAUGAUAUUUCGCUGAAUGUGGAAAGGAUGAAUGAGUACCUAUUCCUAAACCCUGAUGGUACACGUUCUGCUCAUGAACAAGCUCCAGAUUUAGGUAACGGGGUCCUUAAUCAAAUGAUGACAUAUAUUGUUAGAAUUAGCAACUCAUUAGAAGAGUUCAAAAACGAUAUGAGAGAGUUCAAAGACGAAAUGGAGGAGUUUAUUGACGAAAUGGGAGAGUUCAAGGACGAAAUGGGAGAGUUCAAGGACGAAAUGGGAGAGUUCAAGGACGAAAUGGGAGAGUUCAAGGACGAAAUGGGAGAGUUCAAGGACGAAAUGAAAGAGUUUCGGAUUGAAACAAACAGGCGCUUAGCUAACUUAGAAAUGUCGAACAAAAAUUUAAGUUCACGCUUUGAUAACCAAUUCAAGGGGAGAGGAGGAAAUCGCAACUCUCCUGAUGCCUAUGAUCCUAUCUCAAAUAGUGAUUAUAGAACUCUAGCAGAUGCUGGAGUGUCACCUUUAACGUCUCUUGCCCAAAUUGAACAACUCACGAGGGGUCUUAAUAGCUACUUGGAGUUUUAUAAGCUACUGACCACUGGGCUGGUACAAGAUAAAAGAGAGAGGUUGAUUCGCUACAUUGGGGCGAAUGCCGAGCCUGAGCGUACCUAUGGUAGAAAGAUUUGA